AUGGACAGUAAUUCAAGCCCAGCAACCGACCCCGAUGCCACAACGCGUCGCCGAUCGGGACGCGUCGUGAGAGCGCCCUCUAAAUUUACACCCGAACCUGCAUCCCAGCCAACACACCCAAAGCGCAAGCGAGACGACCAGGACGAUGAAGACGACGAUGGCGAAGAAGAAGCCGCUGCUGAAACUGAAGCGCCAGAUUCAGAUGAGGAGAUGAGCGACGAGCCUGACAAUGACAGCGACGAAGAUCAUCCCGCACCACGCUCUAGAAAGAAGGCGUCGCAAACAAGUCGCGUAAAGAAACCCUCUGCCAAAAAGCCGAAGAUCAAUGGUUCCAAACCCUUGCGACCUGCGCGAGUCACUCAUGCUGCCAAAAGCCUUCCGAGCAGACCUAAAAAGAGUGUUCGGAUCGAAGACGCGGCUGUAAAAGGAACUGGCCUCUAUUCUGAUCUUUUCGGCUCGGGCGAUUCCAGUAAAUCAGUGGCUGAAGAAUGGUUGAACAAAUACAAUGACGAUGGGGUGGCAGCUUUUACUGAUCUAGUAAAUUGCAUUUUGCAGUGUGCUGGCUGUGGCCAACUCAUCACAGAAGAUGAUGUUCGAGAUGCCGAGAACAUCGCUGGCCGACUGGCAGAUCUGCAGAGCGUGUAUCAAGAGCAAGAAAUCACCGACUACCCCCUUAUUUCCAGAACAAAACAGUCGCGAUCCUUCCGAGAUGUACUCAUCAGCUUCUUCGAAAACCUCAUUGUCAACAUGCACCAAAAUAAUCUCAUGUAUAGGGACGAGUUCCUGAUUGAAAACCUUCACGCAUGGCUUGCCAGCAUGUCAUCAUCAAGCCUCCGACCCUUCCGCCAUACAGCCACCACCAUAUCUUUGGCAGUUCAGUCUGCCCUUGUCAUGGUCGCCAACGACCUUGAUUUCAGGCUUGGACGUGCAGGAAAAGCUCGAAACUCGAAGGUCAAGAUGACUGCUGCGAUACAGCGUGAUGCGGAAAAGAAUACCAGCAAUCGCAAAGUUUGCUCCGAGAUGAUUCAAUCGUUUUUCGACACUGUCUUUGUCCACCGCUACCGAGAUGUUGACCCUAGAAUCAGAACAGAAUGUGUGGAGGCUCUCGGCAACUGGAUUAUUUCCUUGCCAGCCCUUUUUCUUGAUCCUGGCUACCUGCGCUACCUAGGCUGGAUGUUGUCGGAUACUCAUGCUCCCACACGCCAUGAGGUUCUCAGGCACCUUGCUAAAGUAUUUAGAAGAGACGCAGACACAUUGGGACAUUUUAUCGACAGAUUUCGCCCCCGUCUAGUGGAGAUGGCCUGCAAAGAUGCUGACGUCUCUGUUCGCGCAGCAGCGAUUGCGGUUAUUGACGUCCUUCGUGACCAAGACAUGCUCGAGGGCGAAGAGGUCGAUGCCAUUGGAAAACUUAUCUUCGACAAUGAACUUAGAAUUCGAAAGGCAGUUGUUGGAUUCUUUGUAGCAUGCACCAAAGACGCUAUCAACGAAAAGGUGAAAUCGCUAGGUGACUCCGACAUUAUGGAAGAGAUUCCCAAGGGGAAGAAGGCAUCUCUUGAUGCCCCUCGCGUCGAAUGGGUUGACCUGAAGUGCUUGGCUGAGACACUAGCCAUUUACGACAGUCAAAUUGAGGAAGAGCAAAGUAACCAGGUCUUAGGACUGGAUGCAGCCGUAGACCUCUUGGAUGCAGCUGUUCCAGAGACUAGAAUCUCGUUGGCGUCUCAAGUUCUCUUUGAGAAGGUUGAUGAAAUCAAGCAAUGGACACUGCUCGCUGGAUACCUACUAUUUGAUCACACAACGAGUUCAAAAGCAAGAUCCAAGGGCAACAACCCAGAACUUGCAUUCAAGAAGGCUGUUGCUCCUUCGCCUGCAGAGGAAGCCAUACUACUGGAUGUAUUGAGUUCGGCGGUCAAGUCAAGCCUAACUCAUUCAGGAGAACAUGACAGGUCACGAAAGAAGCAUCAAACAUCCAAAGACGCCGAAGAUUUGAGCAUUAGCCCCGAAGAUACGGCGACUGAGCUUGUUACUGUUAUCCCUCAUCUUCUAAGCAAAUUCGGAGCCGAGCCGGACACUGCCGCAAUCGUUCUGCGCCUAGCACACUUUCCCGAUAUUGAAGUGUUCAAGCAAUUGCGGCAAAACACAAACAAAUACGAGAAGCUACUUGACGAGAUUGUUACCCAAUUCAACAGACAUGACGAUAAGAGAGUCUUGUCCGAAGCGGCUGCAGCACUGCUGCAUUCGCGUCGAUACGAUGAAUUGGAGGAAGUUACAGACAGCAAGAUCUCAAAUCUGUGGGAGUCAACCAUGACUGCUUUGCACAACUUCGACAAGACUUACGAGCUUUCAUCCAGAGGGAAUUUGGAGGAAUCGCCUCUCAAGGAACUGGCCACUAUCUUAUUAAAGAUAAGCAAAUUGGCAAGUCUGUCCAACUGUGUGGACAUUCUUGAGGCGGAGGGGGAUUCUACAGAGUCAACAACAACGCCCGUAAUUCAAAUACUCGCCAACAUUGUGCAUCGCGGCAAGUAUGAACCUCUGGACGAUCAGGAUGUCGAUGACCUGGAGGAUGAGGUUGUCUCUUGUGCUAUCAAGACCUGUCAGUUCUACUUUAUGUGGAAAGCUUUGGCAUACAGCACACUUCUUUCAUCAGGUCUCAAUAUCGCAGACGCGGAACUCGAUCGCCUAUCUGUGCUUCGCCAGACUUUCCGCAGACACCUCAUCGAAACGCUUUCCUCUCGCGCCGCCAUCGACCAGCUGCGACUAUUUGCUACAGGCAGCUUGUGCGAUCUUCAUCUAACUUUUGCCACCCUACGGCCUGCCAUUGAGAGCGCUCGUCCCGCUUCAAAUUCUGGGUCGCCUCCCGCGGAAGGUGAAAAAUACAAGGCAUUGAUUCAGGAGAUCGAGUCAGGACUUAUCCCUGAGCUGAUCGCUAUUUUUGACGGAGCCGAGAAGCUAUACGCCAAGAAGAUCAAGAAAGACAAGUUAUUGAACGAACCUGCCGAGGAUGAAGAUCCCAUUGCCGAUGACGAGGAGGAGGAGGAAGAUGAUGAGGAUGAGAGCCUGUCUGAGGAAGAGCGUCUCGCUGCUGAACUCAAGGCUGAAAAGGCACUCUGCGAACUCACAGCCAAAUACGUUCUCGUUAUUACCGCACGACUUGUAGACAUCAAGGGCACACAUGCAGGCAAACUGCGGCGACGUUUACUUCGCAACCAGAAUAAACUCGGCCAUAACUUCAAAGAGGUUGUCACCUAUCUCGAUGAGGAGAAGCUGGCUGAGCGAACAAGGAAGAAGGCCGCCAGCGUGCACCCCACAACAUCCAAGUCUCAAAAACCCCAACUUAGCGAAGCGCUUGUGAUUGAGGACGAUGAUAUCUUCGAUAGCACGCCACCCCCUGAGGAGGGUUCACGAGAGGAUCUCCGCCAGAAGGGCCUCUUGGAGGAUGACCCAAUCGAGGACGAUGACGAAAAUGAAGAAGCGGAACGACCAGCUCAUGAAUCAGAUAAUGAAGUUAUAGGGGAUUAG